AUGGCUCCUUCCGAGGACUUCGCGGAGCAGAAAGAUGCUCCAUCCACCGUUCCCGCUCCUAGAUCCCGUCUCAAUUCCGUUGGCCAUCGUCGAUCCAAGCAGGCUCCUUCUACGGCGUCCCUGCUUCAGAAGCCUCGGAACAUUUCGGCUCUCAACUCCAAUCUUGAGGCCAUACGUGAGCGUUACCGUCGCCUUCUACCCGAAAAUUCCGCCAUCUUCACCGAAGGUUCCGUGCCAGGACCGUUUGGUUACUUUGUUCCCAAGAAGCCUCUAGCUCAGGUCUUGACUCCCGAGUCCGCCUUCUCUCAAGAGCAAGGAGCUGAAGAUAUCAAGGCCGUUCAACAGACUGCUGCGGAAGACGAAGAUUCCGACGUCAAAGAAGACGAAGAUGAUGGCCCUGCGGAGGUCUUUCCUGUUCCCUCAAACCACGAUCUCUCCAAGCCCUCUCCUCCCGCGGACGACCCUCCCGUUGUCGCCAACACGUCUUCUGGCCGGAAGAAGCGCGACGCCAGCUCCCUUCUUCCGACGCCUCACAAGCGUGGUCGGGCGGACAUGGACAUGACCUUGGGUUCCGCGGCUGAGCAUGUGCCCCGCGGCUUCGCGCGUCCCAUGGAGGACAUUCUGGCCAGUACUUACGGCCUGUCGGGUUAUUCCUCGGCUUCCGCUCAAGAAGUUACUUCCACUCGUCCCGCGCUGCUCCCGUCGGCGACAGCUUCUGAAGUCCCGGACCUUCAGCAGUCCGCCGAGCUUUCCCGCCGCUUGUCCGCCGUCGAAGCCAUCUCCCGCACGUUCCAAGGCCGUCUCGAUGGCUUCGAGUCUCAGCUAGACGCCGCCGGCCUUACUACUACUAACCAGCAGCAGGUGCUCCUCGGAAGGAUUGCCGCUGUUGAAGACGACAGCAGAAGCCUCCAGGCUUCCCUGGCUCGUGCCCAGCAGGACAACGAGCUCCUCCGGGCUUCUGUUCGAGAGUUGCGGGAGGAGCAACGUUUCACCAAUCGUAACCUCGAUCAACUCGAGCAGGCUCUCCGUAACCGCGGAUACCGCCGUCGUGCAUAG